CGCACACACACAGGCUACUUAUUUAUCAUGUUGGUCCUCUUCAGCUCCAAACUCAUCUGUUUUAGAAGAAAUACACUGGAAGAAGCCAUUUCUCUCACACUCAUGUUUGCGUUGAAAACUUUUUACUCUUGAAUCUCCUGUCAUUUCAAAGAGCCUAGCUCACUUCUGUCAUAUAUUCCUCUUCUUCUGCCUAGGUUCUUCUCCGUUCAAUUUACAAUGAGAAGAUACACUGCCAUCCAAGCUCUUUUCCUGCUUCAACUCUUUUUCUUCUCCUCCUAUGUUUUCUCUGCAUCGGAAGUUAUCACGGCUCCAAUGGAGCAAACAGAGCAAGAAGCUCUGUACUUGGUUAUUCAAGCAUUUGUUGGCGAAUGGUGGAAUGGUUCAGGACUUUAUCCGGAUCCUUGCGGAUGGACACCUAUACAGGGAGUUUUAUGCGACCUAUUUGAAGGAUUGUGGUACAUCACCGUCCUAAACAUUGGACCGGUUUUUGACAACUCUCUGGCAUGCUCCCAGGAUGCAAGGUUCACUGCAUACCUGUUUGAGCUCAGGCAUCUGAGAAGCCUCUCUUUCUUCAACUGCUUCUCUUCUUCUAUUCGCCAACCUGCCACGAUCCCAUCGCAGAAUUGGCAAAAGCUAGCUGGGAACUUGGAAACCUUGGAAUUUCGAUCAAAUCAAGGCCUCACCGGAGCCAUCCCCGCAGGUCUCAGUCUGCUUAUAAAUCUUCAAUCUCUAGUGCUGGUGGAGAACUCCUUGACCGGGGAGCUGCCUCAGGAGCUAGGCAACUUGGUCCACCUGAGAAGGCUCUCGCUUGCAUGUAACCAGUUAUCUGGUCCAAUUCCGGCUUCUCUAGGCGACAACUUAGUUGACCUUCUAAUCUUAGACCUCAGCACGAACUCUCUAGCUGGUCCUCUUCCUCCUUCGCUUGGCAAUAUGAACUCACUCCUAAAGCUUGACUUGAGCUAUAACAACUUAAAUGGCAAGCUUCCAGGAGAGGUUGAGAAGCUGAAGAAUCUCACUAUUCUAGACCUCAGGAACAACAACUUAUCUGGUGGUUUGUCUCAGUCUUUUCAAGGCAUAACCUCACUCCAAGAUUUGCUUCUCUCCAACAACCCAGUGGGUGGGAAUCUCAUGGAAUUUAGGUGGGAGAAUAUGAGGAAUCUCACCACCUUGAACCUUUCUAACAUGAACUUAACGGGAGAAAUUCCAGAAUCCAUUACAGAAAUAGGGAAACUAAGAUACCUUGAUCUGAGUUCUAACAAUCUUUCAGGCAGUGUCUCCCCGAAGUUUGCAGCAUUGCCUUGCCUCAAUGCUCUCUAUCUGAACGGGAAUAACUUGACAGGAGAGCUUGGGUUUUCUGCAGAGUUCUAUCAGAGGAUGGGGAGGAGGUUCGCCUCAUUUGACAACCCAAGUCUUUGUUAUAGGAUGAAACCCAGAGGGCAUGUCCCUGUUGGGGUGGCACAGUGCAAGCAUCAACAUGACGUUCCCAUAUCUAAUCUUGAUUCCGGAAACAAGCUGAGUGAUAAAAACCCAAAUCAGAAGUCCAGUUUCAUGGCUUCGUUUGGGCUCUCAAAUUCUUCCAUCGCUGGAUUUUGGUGGGUACUUCUCAUGCAGGCGGCGGCGGCGGCGGCCUUUCUUUUACUUAUGUUAGCAUAGAAAGAGAACAAGAUUUAAGUAGGCACCACAUUAUGAUGGUUCUACACGAAUGGUUUUGUACCACAUCUCUUCUUUCGCCCCUCCUUUCCUUUUUAGUUUGUCAUGAUGAAACAUGAAAGCAGGAAGAUAUUCAGAUACAAGCUUAGAUCGAUUGAUGAAGAUGUUUUUAACCA